AUGUGGUUCUCAAAGGCGACAGCCCUAAAUGAAAUAUACUCAGACGACGACGCCGACGGCCUCAGCUUCCACGUGCAGCGAUACCGUCCUGAGGAGCUGGAGAAACUGGCCAAGACCACCAAGUUCUCCAAGAAGGAAAUCCAACUCAUCUACAGAGGAUUCAAACAGGAGUGUCCUACGGGUCUGAUUGACGAGGAAGGUUUCAAGGAAAUUUUCUCCCAGUUCUUCCCACUCGGAGACGCCACGCACUACGCCCACUACGUGUUCAACACCUUCACCCGCAACCACCUCGGCCAAAUUAGCUUCGAGGACUUCCUGGCAUCCCUCUCCACGGUGUCCCGAGGCACAACGCAGGAGAAGCUUCAGUGGAUCUUCGGCCUCUACGACGUGAACAACGACGGCCUCAUCACCAAGGCGGAGAUGGUGGACGUCGUCAGCGCCAUCUACGAGAUGAUGGGCCGCUCCACCGAGCCGCAGGUGGAGGAAUCGUCCGCCAAGGAGCAUGUGGAGAAGAUCUUUCAUCUGAUCGACGCCAACCAAGACGGUGCCAUCACCAUAGAAGAGCUGGCACAGUGGGUGUCGCGCGAUGACACCAUAAUUCAGAGCCUCAGUAUGAUGGACACUGUACUCUACACCCGCAGAGACGCCGCCUCCUCUCCGCCCACACGCCCGUCUCAGAGCCAGCCAUGAAAUCGUCUGGUCCUCGCGUCUAAAACCGGGCGCCAAUGUUCGAAUGUGUUUUUGAUAUUUUUACUAUGACUGCGAUUUAGGGAAUAAAAGAGCUGUAUAUUGCAUUUCAAAACAGUUUGUUUAUCAUCUAUACAACUA